AUGGCUCCCAAAGCCUGCUCCGUCACGGCUCUCCUACUCGCCAUAAACCUUCUCUUCCUCUCUAUGGCCUCGGCCACGUACGAACCGUGCCCAACUCCGCCGGUCAAGCCACCGCCCAUCAAGCCGCCGUGCGGCUCGUGCACUCAUCCGCCUGCAUCCUGCCCGAAGGACACUCUGAAGCUGGGCGUCUGCGCCGACUUGCUCCACCUGCUGAAGGUGAAGAUCGGGAAGCCGCCCAAGUACCCCUGUUGCUCCCUCAUCAAGGGACUCGUGGACCUCGAGGCCGCCGUGUGCCUCUGCACGGCCAUCAAGGCCAGCAUCCUCGGCAUCAGCCUUAACGUCCCCGUUGACCUUACCCUGCUUCUCAACUACUGCGGCAAGAAGGUUCCCCAGGGUUUCAAGUGCGUUUGA